AUGUUUGGUUUAAUAAGCUUUUCUAAUUAAUAUGUUAAAUGAAACUUUUAUUUAUCUUCUGUCUAAAUUUUAGGCUAAAAACUAUACUGUGGUGGAAGCAGCAAUUCAGGCUCUUUUGGGUCUCAUUAUAAAGUUGUAGGGGAUUGUUCAGAAAGUUGUUGGAUCCCGAUUAAGGGUUAUUAUCUAUUGGUUUUUGGACUGAUUGCUCUAAAAUUUCUUUAUAAAUCUGGUUAUUUAAGAUGUGAUUGUUUAAAGGUGAAGAACAAAAAAUACUGUUUGCUUAAGAAUUUUAUAUAAAAAGAGAACACUUCAACUAGAGACUAAUUAACAUAUGUAAAAUGAGUAAUUAUCAAAAGGCAUCGAAAAAAAAAGAUUAGCAGAGAAAAGAUUUGAAAUAAAUUAUAGUAUGGAUUAGAAUAAAUAUUAUAUUGAUAUAAAUUUAAGAGCUUUUGAUCAACUUGACUUAGUCAUCUUAUAAUUAAUUAUGA